AUUCAGCCCGUUCUGUCGAGUCUAUAGAGUAUGAUAUGUUUUAGUAAUGUUUACUCAUACUUUGAAUGUCACUGUGAAUCGCAAUGUCAGAUCCUAAUAACAAUGCAUUUGAUCGAUAUGGAUAUGACGUAGCAAUUGACAAUGACGAAGAUAAUGAUGAUGAGAUUAUCUUGAAUAGGAAAAAUCAAAGAAAUAAAAACACUCUGCUGAAAAUGCAAAAUUUAUCGUCGGGAGAUGGCAGUGUUGAGUCACUGGCUCGAUACGGAAUAAAUAUCCCAGAGUCCACAGAUGACGACAAUGCUUUUAUGAGUGACGAAUCGUCCACCCGAGUGGCGAAGGCGCGCAAAAAUUUUCAAAAUCACCGAUAUACGCGACAUAAAUCGAGACACAGUUCAAAAUCCCCAACAAGUUCUCAUUCUUCAAUUUCUUCAAGAGCAAGUGGGAGGGGGCAGCCCCGGACGACUCGACCCCCUUCUCGAAGGCGACCAAAAUCAAGAAACUCAUCAAACAGUGACAUUAUAGCUAUUGAUGACGUCAUCCACGAAAACGAAGAAGUGACGUCAUACCAGAGAAGCAACAGUAACCCCCUGAUUAUAAACAGAAGUAUGGAAGAAAGGAAAAGUCGUUUACAAAGGCGAAGGAGCGCGGUCACUUUCCCUUCGACCUACAGAACACUGAGUGCCCCACCGCGCCUGCUCCCAGGCCGCACUUCAGUGAGCACCCUCGUGGCGUCCACGACUCCUUCAAUAGCGUCAGUAGCCUCGAUGCAGGAUCCUGGUUGCUAUGGCAAUUUUCCGUUACCCAGAGCACUUGGGGGUAGGAACAGAAACCAGACAAGUUGGUCAAAUCUGAUGACUUGCCUCGCUCACAAGAAAGAACAUGGAGUUCGUAUGACUCACACUCAGAUCAUGAUACGGAAGAGUUUGGAGAAGGCAAUACAAAAAGCUGGCUAUAACAUGAAUGAUCUGGCGUUAUCAAAUUCUCCCUCCAUCUCACCGAUGACGCCCAGAAAAAUGGAACCAAAGUCAAAAGUAGAUUGGACUGAGGCAUCGAUACUGGGAGAACAUAUCUGGGCUCCAAGUAACCAAGCUGGUGAUCUAUGCUACGUUGGUGAGCAAUUAUGCCUGAAAUCUGGUCCACGAAAGAAAUGUUCUGCUUGCCAUAUAAUCGUCCAUGAUGCUUGCCUCGACCAACUAGACAAAAUUGGUUUCCAAUGCAAAGUAACAUAUCGUGAGGCAAGCACAAGAAAUCUAAGAGAGAAUUUGAUCGUGAGACAUCACUGGGUUCAUAGACGAAGACAGGAAGGAAAAUGUAAACACUGUGGAAAGGUAUUUGAAAAGCGCUUCGGAUUUAGAGAUUCCAAGAUUCUCGCUAUUUCUUGUUCUUGGUGUAAAGAAGCGUACCACAACAAAGUUAGCUGUUUUCGUAUGCAGAAGAUCCACGAAGCUUGUACACUAGGUGUCCACGCAAGGAUUAUUGUCCCUCCCACAUGGAUUGUUAAAUGGACACCGAGAGGAAAAUCUUUGCGAAACCGUUCGAAAAAGAAACGUUCUUCCGGUAUGUGGCGUAAAAAAUCAUCUAAAGAAGGCCGACAGAGAUUAUUCGUUAUUCGUCCAUUACCAGAACAUACUCCAUAUCUCUCUCCUACUCUGGUGUUUAUUAAUCCCAAAAGUGGGGGCAACCAGGGAGUGAAAAUGCUUCAAACAUUCCAGUGGCUACUCAACCAACGUCAAGUUUUCAAUCUUAGUGAGGGAGGACCAAAAGAAGCGCUCGAAAUGUUCCGGAAAGUUCCAAACUUACGAAUUCUCGCAUGUGGGGGAGACGGGACCGUAGGAUGGAUACUAUCUGUUCUCGAUGAGAUGAAUUUAGGCCGAUGGCCUCCUGUCGCAAUAUUACCGCUUGGUACUGGGAAUGACUUGUCUCGUACUCUGAAUUGGGGAUCGGGUUACACAGAUGAGCCAAUCAGUAAAAUACUCCACCAUGUGGAAGAAGGAAAAGUUGUUCAAGUCGAUCGCUGGAAAUUGCAAGUUCAACCAAACCAGGAUGCAAAACAGGAAGAAGAUGAGCCCCCUGGUGCAACAGCGGACGUGGGAGUGGACCAGCUGCCAUUGAAUGUCGUCAACAAUUAUUUUAGUCUCGGAGCGGAUGCGAAAGUUGUUCUGGAGUUUCAUGAAUCUAGAGAGGCUCACCCAUCAAAAUUCAAGAGUCGUUUCGGAAACAAAGUAUUUUAUGCAAAGACUGGAGUGACUGACUACUUGACACAGAAACACAAAAACUUGGGAAAAAGUGUUUCUAUAGUGUGCGAUGGCAAAAACAUCACUGAGAAGAUUCAGACACUGAAACCAGUCUGUAUCGUUUUUCUCAACAUUCCACGAUACAGUGCCGGUACGCAGCCAUGGGGUAACCCCGCGGGUCUUGAGUUCAAACCUCAACUUCAUGACGAUAAAUUAAUUGAAGUUAUUGGAUUCACUUCGAAUCAAUUGGGUCUCCUCUAUGUUGGUGGUCAUGGUGAAAGAAUCUGUCAGUGCAGAGAAGCUGUUAUCACGACCAGCAGAUCUUUUCCUGUUCAGAUAGAUGGGGAGCCUUGCAGAUUGAAUCCGUCCAUCAUACAACUGACAUUUCACAAUCAAGCAAAUAUGGUUCUAAAAACAAAAAGAGGAUCAAUGCCACUCAUCCCUGAUCUCCCCAUGUCAGAACAGCUGAAGAUUUGUAUCAAUCUGAUUUCUAUUGAACAAUACGAGAAACAUAACGGUGACAAGCAGACACUGAGACAAAUAUCGAGACCCUCCCACACCACUGUUGUACCAGCUGAUGCUGAUCUUGAAACUGUUAGAUUAUCUGUUGUAGAAAGGUUGCAGCAGCAAGACACAGAGAAAGGACAAGUAGAGUCUCGUACAGAUCAGUAUACAUUCCUUGAUUUAAGCACGACAGCUGAUCGAUUUUAUCGAAUUGAUCGAACUCAAGAAUCUUUGCACUUAGUUCGAGAGGUCGCGACCUCUGAUGGCGAGUUGUUUGUUUUGGAAACAACACUGGUGGCGAGCAAGAGCCAGGACGUUCAAACUAUACUAGAGCCUAUAGUGACUGCAUUGGACCAACCAACGCUGAGUCAGUUUCCUCGUUCUCAACUCGUGGAUCGAGCAACGCGACGUCGAAUACAGAGCGAUACGACUGGGAGCACAUUGCUACAGCAUUCCAUUGCUCCUCUGACACCAAGACUGACACCAAGUGUUGAAGUAAAAGAGAGAUCUAAAACAACAAUCAAUCAGUUUGAGCUUAUGCCUCGUCUCAAAUCCGAGAAGAGAGACACCAGCACCCAAGGUGACAUCAUAGAGGAGGAUGAUGUCACAAUGGAGAACAAUGAACUUGAAAACAAUGGAAGCCACAACCCCAAAACUCCCACUGGAGAUGAAAAGGUUGAAAAGCUCUUGAGUGCUUCUUGUGGUGAUAGAGAUGAAGCGAAGCGAAACAGUCUGCCGUCAAGUUUAACGAAGCGUGAAUCAAGUGAAACCAUUCAAGCACGACCACUGUCAACGUCUUGUGAUGUCAUCAAUGAUGUUAGAAUCACUAAGAUUUCUUCAAAGCAACCACAGCACUGUGACAUCAUAAAAGCAGCAGAAUCUUAUGGUUCAGUGUUUUCUUCACCGCCUUCAUCCAGACAAGAGUCUCCGAAAGGAGCAUCGGAACCAGACCUCACCAUGACUGAUGAACCUGGCCCACAACCUUCAAGUAAUGAGGAAUGCUUGAUCAUUACUGAAUCUGGUGACGCUUCAUCGCCUACAAUAACCAUGACGACAUCAUCAGAUGUUGCCAUGGAAACGGCAGAAGCAACAGUAACAGCAACGCCUCCUUCCCCCAUAGUGACAUCACCAACAGAGAAUUCAUCUACCGAUUCACCGAAAUCCGGCUCACAGAAUAAUUCGCCGAAUUCACCAGCUCAUGAGAAAUUACCAACACUUCUUGUUGAAGAUCCAGAUUUGCUGACUCAGCAUUUGUUGUCCCGAAAGAGUGAGACCCGUUGCUCUGUCACUACUAUGCCUUCUCCCAAGAAACAAAGCCCUGAAGUUAAGAAACGAUCAAAUACGACAGCUGGGAUGACGCUAACUUCGUUUGUAAAAACGCAAACUCCUCCGCCGACAGAGAAGCUGAUAUCACCAAUCAAAAGAAGAGCAACAACACAUCCAUCGGCAUCUAAGAAUCGUGCAUUGACCUUGAACGAGUUUGUCACGACCUUGAAGGAUGAAGCAAUUUCUGUAGCCAUGACAAAUGAUCAAAUUGAUAGCCAAUCAGAACCCACGAAUGACAACCAAUCAAAUAACAGAGAAUCAAUAAAUGAACAAAAACAAAAAUUGAACAAGAUAUUUGUAGAUGCCUCAAAGCGUGGUGAUCUCUCCAAACUCAAGUUGGCGCUAGAGAGUGGUGCGGACCCUUCUUUAACGGACAGUGAUGGGAGUACGGCUCUACACAAUGCUGCUAGAUUCAACCACCCAGAAGUUGUGCAAUUUUUAAUAAAAAAUGGUCCUCCUGAACUUCUGAAUCAGACAGAUAAAGAUAGACUCCAGACACCACUUCACAAAGCUGCGUGGUUCGGCCACAAAAAAGUCUGCGAACUGCUGGUUGACGCGGGGGCUUCAUUGACUCUGCCUGAUUAUAAGGGCAUGACCCCACUGCAGCGAGCGCAACAAGCAGAAGACGUCAAACUAGAAGCAUUUUUAUCACAAGAGGCAGUAAAGAGAAUGCAAAAUAUUUUAUUGAAUGAAGAUAAAGAAACGAAACUGUGAUGUCACUAUAGAAUAUUGUGAUGUAAUAAAUAUAUUUCAUUGAUAUUGUUGUACCAACUUAUUACAUCAUAAUUUGAUGACAAUCACAGAACUUUUUCUUGAUCAAAUUAUGUUCCUAUUCCAAUUUUCCCUUUUUUCAUUGUUUGAACCCAAAAUUUCACUGAAUUUUUAAUGACUGGACCAAUAUUUCCUCUUAUUCUCAAAAUUACGCAGUUUUUAAGAUUUUCAUACUUUUUUCAAGUGAUUUGAAAUGAUGUUUUUUUUAUCCAGUAAUUUUAUGAUGAAAUUGAAUGGUAUGAAGAGAUAUAACACUUUUUGGGGGGGUAGGGCAAUAAAUGGGGGGUGGCAUGUUCUCCUAAAAAAAUAGGUUCCGAAUAUCGGAACUGUUUUUUUUUUUUUUUUUCAAAAAUUUGAAUUGAAAUUCUCGAAUGAAACAAACUGGGCUUAACAAUUCUAAAGUAUAUGCCGGUAAAAUCUUUUUUGUCAUUUUUUGGCUCUAAAAAAAACGGGGAGCGGAGGUCCAAACUACCGGUAGGUAAAAAAUUAAUGACAACAAUUGAAUAUUUUACAUAGAAUUAGCGAAAUAGUAAUUAAAGCGACAAACUAGACCAGGGUUUUCCAAACUUUUUGGGCCUCGGACCCCUGUUUGUGGAUAUUAUUUUAUACCGACCCCUAUACUAAUUUAUGUGCGUAUCCAAGGAGGAAGGAUAAUGUUCCAUUUGGAUAAUGAACACAACAACACAAACGACAUUAAUAAGACGGAUCAAUUUGUGACAACUCGUGUUAGGCCCAACUCUACGACAACGAACUACUUUAAUUGUGUAUACUUGGAUAGUCUCUCCUGGUUUUCACGCCUCUUUCUUGUAGCAACGGGGCUCAAAUGACCUUGGCAAAGUCGUACAAGUUCUCGACUGGUAAUAACUCAUCAAACGCAUACAACCAAUUAUUACCAGAGAUCUACCUCACAGACGCUAAAAGCAACGAUCGUCCACAUUUACAACAACUUUUUCACUCCCAUUGUUAAGGUCUCGUAACAAUUACCAUUCGCGAUUGCGUUAACUUGCGACUUUAUCUCUGAAUGACUAUAUAACAGUGGAUAUACGUUAAAUGCAUAUAUUUCAGAUUCUUGAUAUCGUUGCGAACCCCUGUGCAGUCGUCACGGACCCCAAACUGGGGUUUGGGAAACCCUGAACUAGACUAUUUAACAUCGCAGAUUAUACAUUUUAAAUUCAAUCCCAAAUUUCAACUUUGACCCAAGCUCCAAGUUAAUGAAAAAUUUCACUCCAGAAUUCGAAGGGAGUCAAAUUUUGAUGUGAAAGAUUUUUGUGCAGUAGGCAGGUCUUGUUUGUUGAUAAUGCUUAGUUGAUAAACGAUUUUUCCAAUUCCCAUCAGAAAUUUUUAAAAUGAUAAUUACCAUUAGAAGUCCAACCCCAAAGAGUUUUUUAUUGACAACGCCUAUUCAUGCUCUCAACUCUGAACACACCGCCACCAAUAUUUAAUAAUUUAUCGGUAGUUACUACACGGUGGCCGUUAGAAAAGUAGGAAAUUUGUUAAACAGUUAUUCAUUUUUACAAGUUUUUUACACUGAUAUAAGCUCUAUAUGUUGUCCACGCACUUCAAAACAUUGUCUCAACCUAGAAGUCCAAGCUCGUGUAGCGUUGAGAAGGUUAAUUUGUGGGAUAUCGUUCUAAUUCAACCUAUACCUACACGCAUUUUAUUGGUGAUCUCAUCUGGUUUUCAAAUUUUCUUGCUUUUCUAGCAACGUGUAUCUGGAAUACCUUUCUGGCUCAAAAAAUUAGUGGCUGCCCAAUUUAUUUCGGCCUGGGUGACAUGGGGUACAAAAUUUAUUUCACCAUGGGGUACAAUUUAUUUCACCCUGGGUGACCUGGUGUACAACAUUUAUUUCACCCUGGGGUACAAUUUAUUUUACUUUGGGUGACAUGGUUACAAAAUUUGUUUCACCCUGGGGUAAAAUUUAUUUUACUUUGGGUGACAUGGUUACAAAAUUUGUUUCACCCUGGGGUAACAUUUAUUUUACCCUGGGUGAUAUUGGGGAACAAAAUUCCAAAUCAGAGAGUUUGUUUAUUCCAAUGCAAUAAAUCAAAUUGAUUUGUCACUUGCUCUUUUUUAAAUAGAAGAAAUCAAUUUGAAUGAAGCAUCUUCUCACAUGAUUGGUCUAUAUUUAAAUCGAUUUAUGAUAUCAUUAUUGGAUAAAAAUAGCAACAUUAUGAUGUCACAAUAUUUUUUGUUUUGAUUUAUUAUUUUAUCAUCAAACUGUAUUUAAUUUUAUUAUUAUGAUGACUAAUUAUGAAUUUUCUUUUAUUUGUAUUAUUACGUUAUACAAGUUCUAUCGUUACGUCAUCAAUUCUUGUUUUAAUUUCUCAGUGAUAAGAAAAUAUGCAUCGUACAUUUUGCACCUACCGUUCUUCAGCAAUUUUGUGUUUCCACAGAAAUAAAGAGUUUUCAUCGAGAA